UUUGCAUGGUGAAUGCAAAAAUAGAAGGAUCUACGCGUCACACGCCGUGUGUACGGCAGGGCUUUACAAUUUCAAACGCUGCGGAGGACAACGGCACCCCGAUGAAGAGCCGGCUCUUCACACGCAAGUCGCAGCUGUCGUUUCGGUGAUACUUCGCCGAUACUAAAAGAAGCUGGUGGUAUCGCGACACGCGAGGAUCAUGUCGAAGACCAUGGUGCGCAAAACGAAGUCCGGCAGCUACGAGUACCGCGGCGAUCCCAAGUUCCCGGCGGGGGUGUACACGAUCCAUCCGCCGACGGUCUGCGAUCACAUGCUCGGAGGCAAGCCAAUUCACUUGAGAAGGUCUAGCGCGUACGAGGGAAAAGAGAUCGGCAAGAUAAGGGAUAAAAGUGGCGCGAGGAAGUACCUGAUACCCUCGAGUAAACCCGCGGUUUAUCCGAAAAUCAUGACGAAGGAGGAGUACGAGCGCCUGAGGGAACGCAAUCGCGUGAUCACGAAGGAGGAGAGACAGGCGGCCGCGGAGGCCGCGGAGAAGGAAAAGGAUAGACUGACGAGGGAGAGCAUGGAGCGCAAGGAGGCGAUGCGCAAACAAAUGGACCUGCAGAAAUAUCGCGAGAAGGACCCGAGGAUAAAGGAGAUCGAGGAGGAAGCGAGAAAGAGGACAAUGCACACCCUGGACCGGGCGCAAAACAUGCGGCUCGAGCAGGAGCAGGAGAUACAAAGGUGCAAUCGGUUUAUCUUGGAAACCAAGUGCCGGGCUAUCCGCGACGCCCAGAUCGCGGAGAAGAAGCUGAUCGAACGGGAGAUCGUCGAGGAGGAGAAACGGCUGGACGAAAUGAUGGAGGACGAGAGGAGAUGGGCGGUGAAGGAGGAACUGCGGAAGGAACAGGAGGAAGCGGCCAGGAGGCUGCAAUUCGCCCAAUUCCUGAAGGAGCAGAUCAAGGAGAACGAGGAGCAGCGGAAUCUCGAGUUCGAGAAGAAGCAAGAGGAGAGCCGGCUCAUCGAUGCGAAUAACGUCGCGUGGCAGCGGGACGAGAUGGAGAGGCAACGCAGGAAAGAAGCCAAGAACGUCCGGUUGCGACAGGAACUCAAGGAAUCGUACGAACAGAUGAAACACUAUAAGACCAUGGAGCAAGAGGAGAACCGAAUUAUAGAUCUGAGGAUACUAGAUUACCACCGGCAGAAGGGGGAGAGAGAGGCUAAGAAGGCGGAAGAGCAGAGACGGGAAAAUACGAGAAAAGAGCAAGAGCAAAUCAAAGUAGCGACGCAGAGGGUACAAAAGAUCGAAACUCAGGCGCUCAUCGACGAAAUCAACGUGAUUCGGGUUCGCGAACAGGUAGAGCGGGAAUGGAGACAAAAAGAGAAGGAAGCGGCCCGGAAAAAGCUGUUAGCUCAAGAAACGCUGCAAAAGGGAAGGGAGGAGCAGAUAAAUAACAAGCGAUUUUUGCAAGCCAUCGAGAUGCAGCGGAAUAAACAGGAAUCCGAGAGAAUUAUAAGCAUGCAGCAAGCGGCUCUCUGCAAGGAAAAGGAGGAACUCGAGCGCAGGCAGCAGCAAGCUUUGAUUCUUCGCGAUGAGAUAUUGAAACAAGUAAAUGAGAAAGAGCGAGAACACAUCGUCCAGCGAGUGAAGAUAUUCGAAGAAGGUCUGGCGAUGCGUGCGGAAGCUGAGAAGCGCCAGAAGCUGCUGCAAGACGUAAUCGAGCGCAAGUGCCAGGAGGUGAGAGAGAACCGGGUGCCGAAGGUUUACAUCGACGAAAUGAAACGGAUGAUGGAGAAUAUUCAAUAG